AUACUAUGGUGCCUUGGCCCAUCAUUCCUUCAGGCUGGGACCCACAUCUGAGUCCUAUACAAAACACAAUAUCCUCAUGCCUUUCCUACCCUAAACCUCUCAGUAGGAUCCUUUGCGCCGUGCAUUUCGCCCGUAUAGGACUCCAGCCCUGUCAUCCAAACCCGUCGUCAUUGCAUUACAUAAUGGAACAACAAACGACGCGAUACUCUGCGUCGCCUCAAACAUAAACACGCCGUCCGCCGCUGCGUCGUGUUGGCCGGGUCCCCUCUCCGGUGGCUGUCCCCGGCGGCACCGCCCGGGUCCUCAGCGGCAGCAUGCAGGCCGCCCCGCGGACCCACCCAGCGGCGUGGCGGGGUGACGGAGCCCAGGAGCGGGGGUCCGAGCACAGUGAGGUCCAUUCAGGCGGAGCGUCUGGUCACCGUCCCAGCCGUCACACGCCGAGUCUGUCUUCUUUUAAACGCAUGGCUGCCCCUGGCACGGCGGUGCGUCGUUGGAUUAUGUUUUUUUUCUGCUGGUAUUGUAAUGGCUUUAUGUGUUUAUUUUUUAUGUCAUUUAUUUCCGAGCAGAGUGGUCCACAGGGAGCGGUCGGUGUCUGCUUUGCGUCAUGAUCAUGUUCUGUGGCACACGUUCCUGUAAUGGUUUUUCUUUUACCAUUAUUCAAGCCGCGGAUAAAAAGCACACACAGGGUGUUGAACGAACCUCACAGUUUAGAAAAGUAUAAUGGAUGAGAUUAUUCUAAUUGUAUUUAGCAUUCUUUGAGCUGACGUUCUGAACUGACAGCAGCUGUUAUGUUUACCAGAUAUGUAAAUGUAUUCCAUUCAGCGUCAGAAUAAGUAUGCAGAGUAUGUGAUUGCCGUGCUCAGAUUUCAGUGGUUAUUUUAAAAUCUGAUGAACUCUACUUGGAAUGAACGCAUGUCCUGCAGAUGCAAACCUAUAUGGAACACAACUUUUUAAUUAAAAACUGUAUUUAGGCUAUUUAUAUAGGCUACAUAGGCUACUAUAUUUUUUGCCUCUACUAAUAUUAAGUAGGCCUACAGCCAUUGGUUUUGUUCAUGCUUACUUAGGCCUAUCCAUUAAUAUAAAGAAGAGUAUAUAGAUGAAGAAGGCCUAAUCAUGCGAACUUGUGUUAACUUAACUUCUCUCUGGAUGAAUCUUCAAUGCUUCAACCCUUCACAGACAGUGCAGGUCAGAGCCGUUUAGAAGAUCUAAAUCUCUGAACAGCUCCGCCUGAGUGACAGGAAGCCCGUCUCAACUUGCCAUAACAAUGCAAGGGCCCCAUCCAUCCAUCUCUCUAUCUAUGUGUUGUGAAUAUUCAUGUUUGUUUGGGCUCAUGUUUCUUUACCGUGUGUCAAGGCCGCAGCCAUGGAGUCAACACUGGGUUGGACGAAAUCUACCGGGGGGUCUGGAGGCCCCCUUUCCAAGAAAAUAUUCUAAUUUGUAAACGAUUAAAUUCUUAAAUAUUUUAAUAUUGGCACGAUGUUAUAAUUAUGAUUGUCUCAGUCAUCAACAACAGAUGGCCACAGGAUCAUUACUUUACGCACAGCUAGCGAGUGGAAUAUGCUCACAGUGACUGCUGUUCCCUAUAGAUAAGGCAUGAAUGCAUGCUCGGAAAUUAUUCCUGAAAGUGUAAUGUUUAUAACACUUUACAAAAACUAUCAAAACCGUACGUAUCCUAACGUAACAUAUUAUAUUAUAAUGUAGAUAUUAUAUGAUAUCGUUUAAUAUUUUAUUUUGCCUUUCCGUGUAGGCCUACAUUUUAUUUAUUUUAAAGUAACGACAUAGAGAGAGACAGUUCAGUGUUGGAUGUGUAUUCCGUUAUACUAGAACUGGUUGUUGUAAUAAUUGUAUUAUUCGUUUUUGUGAUUAUUUUUUGCCUGGGAACAUUUUGAGCAACAUUUAAUAUUGGGAGGAUUAUAUAGGCCUAUAUUAGAAUUAGGGCCCUGUUGCUACUGUCUGUGUAGUCCUCUGGACUUAACGCGUCAGCAACUCCUUUGUUUCUGGUAAACGGAAAUAUAUUCUUUCGCAAUUUAAAGAAAACUAUAUAUUUUUUACCAUUAAGUAUUAAUAUGCCAACAUGUCAAUUAAAUAUAAUAAAUUAAUUAUAAUAAAUUAAAUAGUCAAUUUAAACCAGUUCCGUGUCACCUGACCAAGUGCGUUGGGUCGCCGCGGUUUCCAUAGAGACCAUUGAAGCACCAUAAACAGAUCAGCAGAGUCGUGGUGCUGCGUGUCGUCUCGGUUGGUUUUGAAACGAACCCUUCUUUAUGUAUAUUUUAAACCCGAACCGCGUCAUGGCAUCCAUUUAAGCCCCCCAGUCGUCACCCCAGGGGGGGUUCGCGGAGAACAGAGAGCCCCCUGCUAGGCGCCAUGGUGCGACUCACCGUGGACCUGAUCGCUAAGUCCAGCAGCCACAUCCGCAAGAAGGGAGACCGCUCCCUCCCGGACUACCUCCGCCGACUCACGCACCUCAACUUCUCCAACAGGAGCAUCGUGGACAUCCUGUCCCAGGAGGAUCUGUCCGUGUGCAGGAACCUGACAGUGCUGUACCUGUACGACAACCAGAUCUCGCGCAUCAGCAACCUGGGCUUCGCCUGCCGGCUCACCCACCUCUACCUGCAGAACAACUGCAUCGGCCGCAUGGAGGACCUCUGCCAACUGCAGUGCCUCGCCAAGCUGUAUCUGGGGGGUAACUGCAUCGCGGUGGUGGAGGGUCUGGAGCGUCUAACGAAGCUGAAAGAGCUCCAUGUGGAGAACCAGAGGCUGGCCCCCGGAGAGAAGCUGCUGCUGGACCCCCGGACCCUGCUCUGCCUGGCAGAUUCGCUCCGUGUCCUGAACAUCAGCCAGAACGCCGUGGACGAGGUCUGGGACCUGGGCGUUCUGAGGGGGCUCACCCACCUCUCCGCCACGGACAACCUGCUGCAGCAUGUACAGGACCUAGAGGAGGUCUUCAGCCAGUGGCCUCUGCUCCAGCGUCUGGAUCUCAUCGGUAAUCCCGUGUGCCAGAAACCAAAGUACCGGGAUAGCCUGAUCACGGCGUGCCCCAGACUGGAAGUUCUGGACGGGAAGGAGAUCAACGACCUCUCCCGCCAGUUCCUGGUCAACUGGAAGGCCUCGAAGGAGGCCUCGAAGGAGGCCUCGAAGGAGGCCUCGAAGGAGGCCGGGAAGAGAGCGAGGGUCGAGCGCGCUCUGGCUGCCCAGGCCCCCCACCACCCCUUCCUGACUCACCUGGACACGGCUCUGAGUCGCGGCGCAGUGCUGAGCUGCAGCCUGGCUAACAGCCUCCCCAGAAGAGAGCCACUGAAGGGCCCCGGGCCCCACGGCCUCCCACGGCCCCCAGACCCCUCACACAACUCAGCGACCAGGGAUCACAGUCUUGCUCUUGCUCUAAGGGCCUCCUCAUCCCCGGGUCUGUGUCCCGGGGCUCUGGGUGAUUCUAACGCUCUAUAAAACAUCUCAACACAAAGCUUCAUGAUGGAAUACAACGCUGCCACGCUGAUUGGAUUACAUGUUUGGUACAUAUUAUAUGUGUGGCUGUCACCGUCUGUUUGGCAGAAAGUAUAUAUUUUUUUUUUUUGGACAAUUUAUAACAUUUGAAGUAUUUUUGUUUUAUUCUGCUGUGAAAGUUUGCUGUAUUAAAUCACGAAAAAU